CGCAAUAUUCUGAAAAACCUUUUAACAGUGAAACGAGCCAAUCACAUUAACAUCACCAACCGAAAGAACAUUACGGUAUACUGCUAACAUACCAAAUCCAACCACAUAGACAGCACUUCACCUUUCACCGACAACCGACCUUCACCGCCUCCACCGGAAUUUGACUUCAUCACCGCCGCCAUGGGUGCCACUGAACAUGUGGUGGGAGAGAGUGAAGAAGAAAGGAGAGAAGAAGAGAAAGAGGAUGAGGAGGAGAAAGAAGAGGUAGAGGAGGCAGACCAGGAGAGAGAAGGAGAAGAAGAGAAAUUAGACUUGGAAAAAGGAGUCGGGGAAGCUGUUGUUGAAGAGAAGGCGUUAGAGAGAAUUGAAGAUCAAAGAGACCAUUUUCAUGUGUCAAUGAUGCAAAGAUUGAACCCGACGAACCCUUUGAGGAUUGUCAUCAAUGGUGGCACUAGAGUUGCUACUUCUUCUCCUUCUCAAUCGUCUCGUUUUCAGCCUCCCCCUCCCCCUCAUCCUCGUUCUCAGCCUCGUUCUACACCAACCCCACAACAAUCAGUAACAACACUGAAUUCAAGAAGAUUCACCAACAAAAUAUCUCUGUUAUUAUUCAUGCUGCACAUGGUUGUGGCUGUUGCAUUAGUGUGCUUUCUUAUAUUCAAGGGAAUUCAAGGGUUAAUAGAGGCGUCAAAUCCUGCAAAAGAAAAGGAGGAAAAGAUUCUUAAAUUCUUGUUGCCACAAAUUGAAGUUGCAUCUCUUCUGAGCAUUACUCUUGCAUUUGCUUGGCAAAAGGCUUUGCGAGAAUGGCCUCGAUUCAUGGUUUAUUUCAUCAUAUGGUUCACUUUCUUCAUGUCUUUGUCGGCUGGAAUUCUUCUAAUUUGUUUCCAAAAGCCUACCACAGAUGGUGUUGGAGUUUGCUUCAUUGCCUUUGCAAUCGGUAAUGGUUUAUAUGCUUGUUGGGUCUCUCAGCGAAUUGAUUUUUGUUUCAAGGUAUUGCUUAAAUCUCUGGAACCAGUUUCCAAAUUUCCUGAUUUAAACCAACCUGCUUAUUGGAUGCUUGGGUCUGGAUUCUUGUGGAUGUCAUUAUGGAUUUUGGCUGUGGUUGGAGCACUGAAUUUCUACGUCCCACCAUUUAUUAUAAUUGCAUUGGUCUUAAGCUUGGCUUGGACAACAGAAGUUAUGAGGAAUGUUGUUAAUAUAACAGUUAGCAGAGUGAUCGCACUGUAUUAUCUGAGAGGAAUGCAGUCUAAUACUCUGGUUAGCUUCCAAAGAGCCUUGACCCGGAAUCUUGGAAGUGCUUGUCUUGGAUCUUUAUUCGUGCCAGCAAUUGAAGCCUUAAGAAUUGUUGCCAGAGGUUUAAAUUUGCUGGAAGGAGAAGAUGAAUUUAUGUUCUCUUGUGCACAUUGCUGUCUCAAUGUUAUGCAGUCUAUUUUCAGACAUGGAAAUGGCUGGGCAUAUGUACAGAUAGCUGCCUAUGGAAAAGGUUUUGUUAGGGCAUCACAAGAUACUUGGGUGCUUUUCGAGAGAGAAGAAAUGGAACCCAUCGUAGAUUCUGACAUGACCAGCGCAAUUUGCUUCCUUACUGGAGUUUGCAGUGGCUCAAUUUGUGUUAUUGUUGUGGCUGCUUGGACUGCUAGAGUCCACCAGCCCUUCACAGCCAGCACCUCCCUCCUCGCUUUCUUUGUUGGAUACCUAAUGACAAGGAUCGCCAUGGCAUUGCCGCAAGCUUGUGUGAGCUGUUACUACGUUUGCUAUGCUGAAAAUCCUGAGAACCGAUUGUUUGAUAAAACAAUAAAGGAUCGUCUCAACUUGAUCAAGUCUGGUCGGGAUGUGGUGGUGCCUACACCUCGUGUUCCCCGUCGAUUUAUAAGGUAGCUGCUUGGUCAGUUAAUUUUCCUGCACAUGUACAGAAAUUAAGUGGGAAAAUGGGCCCGUCCUUCCAAAAUUUAGCAGGCAUAUCUCACUUUCAAUGGGGGGUCUAAGGACUCAAGUAUGGGCCAAUUGCUCUGGAAGUAAAUUUAUCAACAGUAGAAUUGGUAGCUGGUGCUACAACCGCUCAUGACGACGAUUUUUGAAUGUGAAAGUUUAACCAUUAUUGGAUGUAUUUUGAUAAUGGAGAGCCCACUGAGAUUCCAAUCAACAAGGCUGCAAUGACAAAGCGACUUUUAGUCCUCUUUUUUGUAUUAUAUUUUGCAUAUACUUUUAGGAUACUCUACUCUAAAAAGUGUUACCAUUAUUUUAUAACUUUCCCCUUUAUGAUUUCAACCACCAUUGUUUAAUUAAAUUUAAUUGUGUUAGUAGUUCCUUACGUGAUAUGUAUAGUAAUUCAAAGCCUUUCCUCCUUA